CGAGAAAAACAAAGUGAAAAAACCCACGCGGGAUUAACGCAAAAAACCGCUUUCCCCACUUGGCCACGAACGUCCCACGGUUUUCUUCAUCACUCGCACUGCUCUGCUGCUGACGCCGCCACACGAUCGCGUCCUUAUCCGGUCCACCCUAUAAAUAAAACCCACCAAUCUCAUCCCUCUUCUCCAUCUUCUUCCUCCUCACCAUUCACUCUCUUCACUCUCUUGCACAGACCAGACCAGACCAAACCAAGACUCCGAGGAUCGCUCUCUCUGUCGAAAUGUUGUUCAAUCACAAGCUCAGAUCACCAUCCUCCCCUUGCCUCCUCUUCUUCUGCUUCCACGACGCUGCCUACCACGAGGCCGCCUCCUUGGACUGCGACGACAGCAACCACCGCAAGGCGGCUCGGUUGCCCUGCUCGUGGCUCCGCUCCACGGCUCAGGAGCUCCCGCUGCCAGAGAUCCGGUACAAGUGCCGGAGAAUCAUCAUGCGUAUCGGGAGGUGCAGGAGGCAGGGCCAUGUCGCGGCCUCGGAGUUCGGGUACGAUCCAAUGAGCUACGCGCUCAACUUCGAGGACGAUCGGAGCCGGGAUUCGGACGAGGAGCUCCCGGCGAGGAACUUCUCAGCAAGGCUGCCGGUGUCUCCGGAUUGGUUGCUGCCGGCGAAGAUGCCGAGGGAAGUCGUAGUGUGUAGUAUAAGUCUUUUUCUCUAAAGAUCCUUCUAAUUUUGAUCGACAAGUUGGGCUAUACCACAGUCCUUGGAGCGAUCCGCAGUGCCUGUACAUACUGUAGAUUUCAAGAUCUGAAAUUCAUGGAAAAUCUGCUUCGAUAUCUCUUCAUCGUCU